CCUUCACACUCUAUCAAUAACAAACCUCAAAUAAUAGAGAUGUAACAGAUGAAUUAAUUUCUUCCAUUUGCUUUGAAGCUAUUGUUCCCUUUCCCUUAGUCAUGCUAGCUACUAGAUAGCAAACAUUUUUCAAUCAUUCUCACGAAGAUAUAGCUCUAGUAUUCACAAGAUUAUACAAUCUAAUAAUUUUAGGAAAGAAAAAAAAUAGAUCACCCUUUGUUUUAUUCGAUCAUAGAUGUGUAUCAAAGUCUCUUUGCCCCCACAUAAAAACAAGGUUACUUGCUCCUUGUUUUGCAAGUUCUUGAAGAUGAUCAUCCCAAAACUCCAAAGUAUGAUCAUGGUACUCCUUGCUAUAUUGUUUGCUCCGUUGACCACCGGUCACACGCCGGCCAAGUGUAGCCGAUCAUGCGGUGGUAUCUCCACCAAACACCUCCCCUCGCCGUUUGGCUUCUCCUCCGGCUGCCUAUUCCGGCUGAACUGCACAGAAAACAACACCAUGGUUGUCCAAAACUUUCCGGUCCAACUCGUGACAUCCGAGACCAUACUGAUCAAUCUUCCGGCCACAUGCGGCCGCCCCAUCGCCGCCCUGGGCGGCCUCUUCGGCCCUACCUACGCUCCGACGUCACGCAACGGAAUUCUGUUGGAAAACUGCAGCACACCCAUCAAGCCAUGUAUGAUACCAACAACUACGGUGCAAACUCACUUUGAACUUCUUGGUUGUGACUCAAAACCUUAUAACAUUAGUUGUUACUCGGAGCCAAACAAUUACAGUCAGUUCAUUGACUAUGAUAACGUGAUGAGGAGUGGAUGUGGCUCUCUGUUUUCCGGGAUAUCGUCGGAGGCGAUCGGUAAUAGCUCCGGCGUGUCGUUGGAUGUUCAGGUGGUUCAGUUGGGGUGGUGGCUUGAAGGGGACUGCAAGUGUUCUCCGAAUUCAAAUUGUACAAGAAUUGUGUCUUCCACGAUGAAUGGACGGCCAGGAUAUCGGUGCUAUUGCUUGGAAGGGUUUGAGGGCGACGGGUAUCCAGCCGGUUCGGGCUGCCGGAAAGCCUCUCCGGAAUGCAACUUUGCAAACUAUAUGACAGGCAAAUGUGGUGGUACAGCUAGAAUUGGUGUUUUGGUUGGAGGUGUUGCAGUAGCUGCUUUGAUGGUCAGUUUGGGAAUAAUAUAUUGUUUGGUUAGACGACGCUCCGAUUUGAGAACUAGGUACAGAACACUGAAACAUAUAUCUGAAACGAUGGACAUCAGCAUUCCUAUAUAUCCCUACAAGGAAAUUGAGAGAGCCACAGAUAGUUUUUCAGACAAACAGCGGCUUGGAAUGGGAGGCUACGGAACAGUUUACUUGGGAAAACUCCACACCAACGAGUGGGUUGCCAUUAAAAGGAUCAAACACAGAGAUACUGAUAGCAUUGAGCAAGUAAUGAACGAGAUCAAGCUCAUCUCUUCCGUGAGCCACCCAAACCUUGUUCGUCUCCUAGGUUGCUCGAUUGAAUAUGGUGAACAAAUUCUUGUGUACGAGUUCAUGCCGAAUGGAACAUUGUCUCAGCAUUUACAUGGAGAGAGAAGUGACGGACUUACGUGGCCAGUUCGGCUCACCAUUGCCACGGAGGCAGCUCAAGCCAUAUCAUAUCUCCAUUCUGAAAUGAACCCUCCCAUAUACCAUAGAGACAUCAAGUCCAGCAACAUACUUUUGGAUUACAACUUCAAAACCAAAGUCGCCGAUUUUGGUCUUUCUAGGCUUGGAAUGAUCGAAUCGUCCCACAUUUCAACUGCCCCGCAGGGUACUCCCGGUUAUCUUGAUCCCCAGUACCAUCAGGACUUUCAUCUCUCUGAUAAAAGUGAUGUUUAUAGCUUCGGAGUAGUCCUCGUGGAGAUCAUAACAGGGUUAAAAGCGGUGGACUUUUCACGGCCCAACAAUGAGGUAAAUUUGGCAGCUCUUGCUAUUGAUAGGAUCAAGAAAAGGAGUUUGGAGGAGAUAAUAGACACUUCGAUUGAGCCACACGGGGAUGCUUGGACACUUUCCUCAGUGCACAAGGUGGCUGAGGUAGCUUUCCGAUGCCUCGCGUCUCAUAGAGACAUGAGGCCUUCAAUGACGGAAGUAGCAGCUGAAUUGGAGCAAAUCAGGCUUAGUAGAUGGGCAUCAUCAGAAGAGAACAUCACAGCUUCUUCAAAGCCAUCCUCCUCUUGCUCUUCGUCUUCUGAUAUAAGCGAAAAACCACUAACCGCGACAUUAAAGAACGCGGAAUUGAAUAAUGGAGGUUUAUUUGCACUGCAGAUUGAGUCUGAUAGUAUGAGUUCAGUGGAAAAAGUAAACGAGUUUUCUCCCGUUUCUGUGCAGGACUCAUGGGCAAGUGAGCAAAGCUUGCCAUCAUCAAACAGUAUGGUCAGUCAUGUAAUUCAGUGAUCUAAAGUUGUUCCUUUUUUCUUUCCUUUUUAAUGUAUAGACAAGUACCAUUUUGAUUAGCACUGGCUUGUUGGCAUUACUAUUCAUGUCUUUCACUUGGACCACUACUUUCCAAUUUCCACAUGAAAGCA